AUGGCUGGAGCUGCCCCACCGAAGAGGCAGGACACUCGGAAGUUUUUCGAGAAUCUGUCCGGAGAAGGAAAAUGCAUCGCGGUGCUGACCAGCGGAGGAGAUGCCCAAGGUAUGAAUGCAGCGGUCCGGGCGGUGGUCCGAAUGGGCAUCUACGUGGGAGCGAAGGUCUACUUCAUCCACGAGGGAUACCAGGGGAUGGUGGACGGUGGAGACAACAUCAAAGAGGCGACAUGGGAAAGCGUCUCCAGCAUGCUGCAAGUGGGUGGGACAGUCAUCGGUAGCGCCCGCUGUAAAGAGUUUCGCACCCACGAGGGCCGUCUGAAGGCCGCACACAACCUGGUUCAGAGGAGCAUCACCAACCUGUGUGUGAUCGGUGGAGACGGCAGCUUGACCGGCGCCAACCUCUUCAGAGAGGAGUGGAGCGGCCUGCUGGAUGAGCUUCUGCAGCAAGGUCUGAUUAAUGAGGAGGCAGUCCGCAGUAACUCUGUGCUCCACAUUGUCGGCAUGGUCGGCUCCAUCGACAACGAUUUCUGCGGCACUGACAUGACCAUCGGCACCGACUCUGCCCUGCACCGCAUCAUCGAGGUGGUGGACGCCAUCAUGACCACCGCUCAGAGCCACCAGAGGACAUUUGUGCUGGAGGUGAUGGGCAGACACUGCGGAUACUUGGCUUUGGUCAGUGCUCUGGCGUGCGGAGCAGACUGGGUGUUUAUCCCUGAGAUGCCUCCUGAAGAUGGCUGGGAGGAAAGCAUGUGUCAGAAACUAUCUGAGAACCGCGCUGAAAGGAAAAGGCUCAACAUUAUUAUAGUAGCUGAAGGUGCCAUAGAUAGCCACAACAAGGCUAUAACUCCUGAUUAUAUCAAGGAACUGGUAGUCCGCUGCCUGGGUUUUGACACCAGGGUCACCAUCUUAGGCCAUGUGCAGAGAGGUGGGACCCCCUCUGCCUUUGACAGGAUCCUGGCCAGUCGUAUGGGUGUGGAGGCAGUGCUGGCUUUACUAGAGGCCUCUGCUAACACUCCGGCCUGUGUUGUGUCUCUGGUCGGCAACCAAGCUGUCCGACUACCACUUAUGGAGUGUGUUCAGAUGACCCAGGAAGUGCAGAAGGCCAUGGAUGAGAAGAAGUUCGAAGAGGCGGUGAGACUGCGUGGCAGGAGCUUUGAAAACAACCUGACCACCUACAGACUCCUCUCCUACCGGAAACCAGACUCCGAACUCCCAAAUAGCACCUUCAACGUGGCGGUGUUGAACGUCGGGGCACCUGCAGCAGGUAUGAACGCCGCUGUGCGUUCUGCAGUCAGAGUGGGAAUCACUGAGGGCCACAAAAUGUUUGCGGUCAGCGACGGCUUCGAGGGAUUCUACAAGGGACAGAUCAAGGAGAUUAAAUGGGGAGACGUAGGCGGUUGGACCGGCCAGGGAGGAUCCCUGCUAGGGACCAAAAGGACUCUUCCAGGCAAACAUCUGGAUAAGAUCGCUGAGCAGAUGAGGAUCCAUAACAUCAACGCUCUGCUCGUCAUCGGUGGAUUCGAGGCCUUUGAGUCUCUGCUGCAGCUGUACGAGGCCCGGGCCGACUACGAGGAGUUUUGCAUCCCGAUGUGCAUGCUGCCUGCUACCAUUAGUAACAAUGUGCCGGGUACAGACCUCAGUAUCGGCGCUGACACGUCCCUCAACGCCAUCGUGGAGACCUGCGACCGCAUCAAGCAGUCAGCCAGUGGCACCAAGCGGCGAGUCUUCAUCAUCGAGACCAUGGGGGGCUACUGCGGUUACCUGGCAACCGUGGGAGGCCUGGCUGCGGGAGCGGACACGGUCUACAUCUACGAGGAGCCGUUUGACAUCCGAGACCUUCAGGCCAACGUGGAGCAUCUGACGCAGAAGAUGAAGACGAGCAUCCAGAGAGGUUUAGUGCUCAGGAAUGAGAACUGCAAUGAGAACUUCACCACUGACUUCAUCUACCAGCUGUACACCGAGGAGGGACGAGGAGUGUUCGACUGUAGGAAGAAUAUCCUCGGUCAUAUGCAGCAGGGAGGUGCUCCGUCUCCAUUCGAUAGAAACUUUGGCACCAAAGUUGCUGCUAAAGCGAUUCAGUGGAUCACACAGACGCUCAAGGAGUCUUAUAAAGGAGGACGAGUGUUUGCUAACUCUGAGGAGACAGCGUGUCUGUUGGGGAUGAGACGCAGAGCGAUGGUCUUCCAGCCCGUCUCACAGCUGAGGGACGAGACUGACUUUGUCCACAGGAUCCCUCAGGAGCAGUGGUGGCUGAAGCUCCGUCCUCUGAUGAAAAUCCUGGCCAAGUACAAGACGAGCUACGACGUGUCCGACUCCGGCCAGCUGGAACACGUGACCCGGUUUAGAGCCAAAGAGAGCAAAACCUCGUCGGCCAUCUGAAAGCAGCGCUGCACUCUA